UAAACGCAUCCGGCUCCGGAAGUUAAAAACACGAUGGCUCCGGAAACAAAACCGAAUUCAUACGGCUGGCCUCCUCCUGGGCCUCUCUAGGCCGUCAACGCACCGCGCCACCCGGAAGAGACCCUGCUCUCGUCGUUUUCCGGCGGGUUGCCGCUAAACCCGGUCUUUCCAGAGCUAAGGCCGGCGACUUCCGGGCCCGCAGGCACCGUGCUCGGCUUCGGGAUUAGGCAGGCUGCAUGGCUAGCCCCGUGGACUACCGGGAAGGCCCUGGCGCCCAGCAGCACGUGAUCCUGCUUCCAGAACUCAAAUAUCCCAGGACAGCAAAAGCUGAAGCUUAGAACGGAUACUUGUGAGGUGGUCAGACCUGGGGCCUUGAUUUUCAUAGGCCAGUGGAGACAUAACUGCUUUUUUUCCCCAGCAGGAAGAGCUUAUUCACAUGGGAGGAACCUGCACUUAGCUUGACCAGCCCUUGGGCAGGAAGUUGUGGGCAGACCUGGCCAGUUCAAGUGCUGAUUUUAGACAACCUCUGAAUAAUUAAUCUCAGCUUCUUGGAAGAAUAUUUAAAAGAUGCUUCAAAGAAAAUGAAAACUGGGCUUAUGUUUUUAAAAUUAGUUAACCCAUGUUCAGGGGAAGGAGCCCUUUACUUGUUCAAUAUGUGUCUACAGCAGCUGUUUGAAAUAAAAGUUUUCAAGGAAAAACACCAUUCUUGGUUUAUAAAUCAAUCAAUUCAAUCAGGAGGUCUUCUCCUCUUCGCCACACCCAUGGACCCUGUUUUUCUGCUCCUUCACUACCUUAUAAAGGCUGACAAAGAGGGAAAGUUUCAGCCUCUAGAUCAGGUCGUGGUGGAUGACAUGUUUCCAAAUUGCAUCUUGUUGCUGAAACUUCCUGAACUUGAGAAGUUACUUCGACACGUGACAGAGGAAAAAGAAAUAGACAAAAAGAAAUAUUACAAGUACAGCAAAGAGAAGACAUUAAAGUGGCUGGGAAAAAAGGUUAAUCAGACUAUGGCAGCAUUAAAAACCAACAACAUAAAUGUGCACUGUCGGGUACAGUCAGCUGCUUUUUUCCCCAGGCACCAGAUUUCCAGUGACAAAGAAGAGGACUAUAUUUGUUAUGCCUGUGGUCUGAUAUCUGAUUACAUCCCUAAAGAAUUAAAUGAUGACUUAUCUAAAUAUUUAAAGCUUCCAGAACCUUCAGCUUCAUUGCCAAACCCUCCAUCAAAGAAAGUAAAGUUAUCAGAUGAACCUAUAGAAGCAAAAGAAGAUUACACUAAGUUUAAUACUAAAGAUUUGAAGACUGAAAAGAAAAAUAGCAAAAUGACUGCAGCUCAAAAGGCUUUGGCUAAAGUUGACAAGACUGGAAUGAAAAGCAUUGAUUCCUUUUUUGGGGCAAAACUUUUUUAAAAAAUUGGAAAGAUUUGGAACUUUGAAAAUGAAAUCCAGCAAAAAUAUUUGUCUUUUACAUGUUAUAGUUUUGUCCUUCCUCCAUAUCACCGUACUUUCUGACCCUCAGUCACUACUCUUUGGGGAGGGUGGGGAAGGCAGUUUUUAGAUUCACUUGAACAUUUUGUUAUACUUGAAUUUUAUGUUCCUAAACAAAAUAUGGGAAAGUAAUUGUGUAACUAAAUGACUUGUGGACUUUGGAGUCAUCUUUGACAUACUGAAAAGUAAUCAAGUGACUAGAAUUAACCUCUAGCAUCUCAAUUUCCUCAAUAAACUGACAUGUGACAA